CGACGAAGCAGCACCAGCAGAGCGAUGGCGCUAUGAUUGGGAGUAUUUCAUCUGAUGCUGACAAUUGCAAGACAUGAGUUAAACUCAGGUUGGAUUGAACGCGGAUACACACUUAUAGACAAAAAGAUGAAAUAACAGCCGAGCACUCGGACGUACUUGAUGGACCUUCUUGAACCUCAGUUUUGAAUUUAAAAGUUGAGAAAAGCGACAUUUACUCAGUCAGUGAACUUGAAUCUUUGGCAGAAACAUGCCACCCAAGAAGAAAGGAGGCAAGAAGAAGGGGAAGAAAAGUGGGAAAAAGAGCGGAAAGAAAUCUGCGAGGGCUUCCUCAGCGCCCUCGGGGGCCAACCUGACCGAGGUCAGUAAGGAAUUUUUCCUGAUACAGAUACGCGACUUAGAGCAGAGGCUGUUUAGAUACCAAAGAAAAUGCGAUGAACUUGAGGUAGCAAACGGAGAAUUCAGGGCCCAGUAUGAUCAGAUGGGCACCGACAAGAAGGAAAUCGUCUCCUUCUUGAAGAAGCAGCUUGAGCAGCGACAGAAUGACAUCGCUGAUCUGAACGAUCGCCUCGUCGGCCUCCAACAGAUCAAGGAUGCAGAGAAGGAUGCUUACGAGCAGCAGCUCGCACAGCUCAGAACGGAGUUCCAAGAAACUAAAGAUCAGCUCACAUCAGAAAACAUGAUUCUGAGUGGAAAGCUUGCAUCGUUGGAAGAGUUCAAAGUUCAGAAGGAGGAUCUUAUGGCCAAGUUUGCACAGAUGGAGCAGGAGCUCGACAAUCAGCAGACGGAACACAAGGAACAGAUCUACCAGCUGGAGAGGAAACAGGUGGUCGACAAAGACAGGUUGAAACGAGAGAUGGUCCUGCGCGUCAAUCAAGUCGCCGCCGAAUUCCGUAAGGUCUCCAAUAAGCAGAUGGCCGACACCACCAAGCGCACCAUCCGCGAGAAUGUUAGCAUCCAUGCCCAGCUGUCCAAGAUGUCCGACAAGACGAUGGAGUUGAUCGAAGAGAAUGAGCAGCAGCAGGCCAAGGAGAAGAAACAGCUGCAGCAGCUGGACAUGUUGGAGAACAACGAGAAGGAAUUGGCUAAGAAGAAUCACAGCAAUCAAAAGGUCAUUCGCAUGCUAACAGAGAAAGCCAAGCAGCAAGAAGCACUCAUCAUCGACCUGGAGGAGCAUGAGAAAGAACUCCUGGAGGUGGAAGCGGAGGCUGCUCUCCUCCGGCAGCAGACGGAAUCAUCUCGCGAAGAGAUGCAGUCCAUGGGUAAAGAGAUCGAGCAACUCGAAGACAGGAUAGAGCUGAUGGAGAAAGAGAAGAAGGAGAUUCUGAAGAAUAAAGAACGGCUUGAGAGGAUACUAGCUGAAGCGGCAUACUCAAUGCAUAGGAUACUUACAUCGAGGCCAGAGGAAGGUGACGUCGAGGAUGCAGACGAGGACGAUGGGAUUGAACAGCGUGACAGCAUGCUUGAAAACCUCCUGGUCAUCCUCAACAGUGCCGCUGCCAUCGGAGUUGGCCCAUCACCAGCGAGCUUCUUGAGGGAAGAAGAAGCCAUGUAUCGGACGAAGAGUAGGCAGUCAAAUAUACCAGGAUCGGGCAAGGGAUUUCAACCAGGCGUGGCACCCCUCUCACCGAUCGCCAAGGGUCAUGCACCACUGCCCCAUUACCAACUGGGAGACCUUGGUCUGGUGCCCAGACCCAAGCCUGCAUCCUUCCAAGCUGAUAAGAUGAGGCAGCUAUCAGCAACGAGUCGGUUGAACAGACUACAUGGAGUCAAGACACGCUCUGUUGGGAUCCAAUCAUCAAGUGGACCACAGACACUGUUCUACUCUGACCAGCUUCUUGGAGGAGGGACAAGCGCAGCUACAUCAGCUCUAGUCAAUGAACUCGCCAUUAAGGGCCGCCGUCCAUUAGGUCCAGUCAGAGCCCAAAGGAAUGUUUCAAAAUCACUGGUGCUUUAAGACUGGACUUAAUAAUAUCUUCUUUGGACCGCUAUGAUGCCGCCAUCUUCCCCUGUAUGAAAAAUUACAACCAUAACAAAAAUACUGUUAUUCAUAACAUAGAGAAGAUUCUCCAAGUGCCCAAUUUCAUAUUGUACAAUUUCUUCUCUAACUUUAUUACCCAUUGAACAUUUCUCCCCGCAAAAUGGUGUUUUAAAUGCUUUCAUGAUGGUUUGUAUAUGGAGGGGUGACUUAGUUAGGGGGCAACUUUGUAGCGGUGACUUUGUAGUGGGCGACUUUGCUUUGGGUUGAGAUCACUGGUAUUCAACUUAACCAUUGCCCCAACCUAACCAAUUUGAGUCAGGUUCUAAAACUGUAAUGUACAAAUAUUUCAUCAUGUUGAACAGUAUGUCACAAAUAAAUCCUGCUUAUUUCUAUUGUGUAGCUUUGUUUUUGUUAAGAUGAUUAAAUAAUAACAAUUAAUAAAAACUUAUACUUGAUGUUUUGGCCUUCAAUUAUGCUUUGUUACUCAUAAAAGUUCCGUCCAAAUUAUCUUUAUUUCCAUUGAAGAAAUGAGUUGUAAAUAACAGUGCCCUAUUCUCCUGCUAUUUUUUAAAUUGCUUGUACAUAAUGUAUAUACAUGUAUUUUGUGAGUAACUUUACUGUGUUGAAUAAAUUUGAAUCAA